GUCCACGAGCACGAGGGCGGGCGCGGCGACGCCACGGAGGAGCUCGGCGACCUCGUCGCCGCCCGGGGAGCCCGCAGCGCCUACCGCCUGGGCAGCGUCUGCGUCGCCGCCGCGCCCGCGGGCACGGACGCCGAGGCGGAGGCCCCGGUGUGCGCACAGGUCAAGAUUAUCAACGAUGGCGCCGUCGAGUGGCCCGCUCAGAUGCUCCUCGUUCGGUCUGCCAGGCGGGCCCCCACUUCGGGGUGCCGCUGGCGCCCCUGGGGGCCCUCGGUGCGGGCGAGGCCUGCGAGGCCACCCUGGACCUGA